AUGAAGCAACCCACGGUUAUACCACGUUGGUGGUACAUGAUAUUCUUUGUUGGGGCAAUUGCAUUGUUCAUUGCUGGUGGCGCGCUCUUUGGCUCAUGGUACUCCCACGCCUCAAAUUGUGCCAACAGCUACUUCACCAACGUCAACGAGACCUGGAGCGAUUAUAACGAUUGCGCCUCGAAGAAAAACGCGACAUACUAUGCCGCUCUCGCAUGCUUUGUGGUCGCAGUCAUUUUCAAACUCAUUGCCUGGACCCUUCUCAUCUUGCACUGCUUCCAGCGUCGGCGAUACAAUCAGCACCAGUUUGCUGCGAACUACCAUUCUGUUCCUCCCAUGGAUCUCAACCAGCAGCCAUACGGCGCUCCUGGACCCUAUGGAGCUCCAGCUCCACCAUACUACGCUCCCCCGCCGGGAAAUCAAUACUCGACUCAGUAUUCGCCGCAUUAUCCCCCUCAGGCUCCUGGUCAGGCAACCGCUCCUAUGUAUCCGGAUACUGUGUACUACGGCCCGAAAGAUGCCAAUUCCCAACCCUCGAAAGACACCCAGACAAUGGCCCACUUCGCCUAG